ACGGAUUAAUGUUUGUCAAAUUUCAUCGAAUUACCCAAAAAAUAGAGCUUAGCUCUCUACUAUAACUUGAGAUACAAAACAUACAGUGUAGCAGGUCGUUGUCCUGUCAUUUUUUGGUGUAAAAACUUUAUGCAGUUACCAAAAUUGAGGUGACAAAAUACAACCAGAAAAAAAUAAUGUAUAAAUACCUUAUCAGCAAGCCCAUGAGCGUAGUCCAUUCUCCAUUUUUAGGUUUAUUAAGAUUCGGAAACAAAUUGACUCCUACUAGAACCGAGUUUCGCAAGUUCAGCUUUCCCGCUUCCACAUUAAUACAAACACUUCAUCUACACUCUGAGACAGGAAGCAAAACUCAAAGCCAGAGCCAAAACCAAACGCAAGCACAAAUAUUAAGAAGCAUGAAGUACGUGCUGGUGACAGGAGGAGUCGUGAGUGGUCUCGGCAAAGGUGUCACGGCCAGUAGCAUAGGCGUUGUCCUUAAAGCUUGCGGCCUUCGAGUCACCUCUAUCAAAAUAGAUCCUUACCUGAAUACUGAUGCUGGUACCAUGUCUCCCUUUGAGCAUGGAGAGGUUUUUGUUCUCGACGAUGGCGGAGAGGUGGAUCUAGAUUUAGGUAACUAUGAGCGCUUUCUGGAUGUAACACUCACAAAGGAUAACAACAUAACCACUGGAAAAAUAUUUCAGUCUGUAAUUGAGAAGGAGAGAAGAGGUGAUUAUCUUGGAAAAACUGUUCAGGUGGUCCCACACAUCACUGAUGCCAUUAAGAAUUGGAUUGAAUCAGUUGCUACCAUUCCUGUGGAUGGAGAGGAAGGUCCUGCAGAUGUCUGUGUGAUAGAACUGGGAGGAACUGUAGGUGACAUUGAAUCAAUGCCCUUCAUCGAGGCUUUGCGUCAAUUAUCUUUUUCAGUUGGACAAGAUAACUUCUGUCUUAUUCACGUGAGCCUGAUACCUGUGCUAGGCGUUGUUGGAGAACAAAAAACUAAGCCUACACAACAUAGCGUUCGUGAAUUAAGAGCAUUAGGCUUGACUCCUCAUUUAUUAGCAUGUCGAUCUGCUCAGCCUUUGCUGGAAAAUACGAAGGAGAAACUUUCUCAGUUUUGUCAUGUUCCGGCUGCUAAUAUUCUCAACAUACAUGAUGUUCCAAACAUCUGGCAUAUCCCUCUACUACUUAGAAACCAAAAUGCUCAUCAUGCAAUUCUAAAGCAGCUUAGCUUACACAGCAUUGCAAUGCCCCCCGAUUUAGAAGAUUGGACCAAAAUGGCCGAGACUUAUGAUAAUCUUACCAAUUCUGUGAGGAUUGCGAUGGUGGGGAAGUAUGUUGGCUUGACAGAUUCCUAUCUGUCUGUUGUGAAGGCCCUUCUACAUGCUUGUAUUGCAUGCUCAUUGAAGCCAUCUAUUGAUUGGAUUGCAGCUUCGGAUCUUGAAGAUGAUAGUACACCAGAAGCUCAUGCUGCUGCAUGGGAGACUUUGAGGAAUGCAGCAUGCAUCUUAGUGCCAGGUGGGUUUGGAGAUCGUGGUGUACGGGGAAUGAUACUGGCUGCCAAGUAUGCUAGAGAGAACAAAAUUCCUUAUCUUGGGAUUUGCUUGGGCAUGCAGAUUUCUGUGAUUGAGUUUGCUAGAUCCGUUUUGGGUUUGGAAAAAGCAAAUAGCGAGGAGUUUGAUGCCCAAACAGCUGAUCGUGUUGUAAUAUUUAUGCCCGAGGGUUCAACAACACACAUGGGAAGCACAAUGAGACUAGGAUCUCGGAAGACACUAGUUCAGACCCCUGAUUGUAUUACUGCUAAACUGUAUCAUAAUGCUCAAUAUGUAGAUGAACGGCAUCGGCAUAGAUAUGAGGUAAACCCAGAGGUAAUAGGAGCUCUAGAAGAAAGAGGAUUGAAGUUUGUCGGGAAGGAUGAAACAGGAAAGAGGAUGGAGAUUUUAGAGCUCCCGAGCCAUCCUUUUUAUAUAGGUGUGCAAUUUCAUCCAGAAUUCAAAUCCCGUCCUCGAAGGCCCUCACCUCUAUUCUUAGGAUUUAUAUUGGCAGCAACAGGAAAGUUGGAAGCCUAUCUUAACACUCAUCAGAAUGGGGUUUGAUUUGAUUGAAGCUUCAAAAUCAAGCUUAAGAGGUAGUUAUCUCUUGUGAGAAGAAAAUUUUGAGGACCUGGUUAUACUGAAGAAGUUUAUUGAAACUUUUGUGGACGUUAUUAGAUUAAAGAAGUUCCUGAAUAGCCUUGUGGUUCAUUUGCGUUGAACUGUGCUUUGCUGCCCUGGUUGUGCAGAGUUGGCUGCUGCAGUUCCUAUAGUGAUCCAUCCAUACGAGUCAAUACAUUUUAUGAGUCAAAAUGUGAACUAGUCAUACCAUGCACGGCUCUUGUAAUGUAGAUCAGUGAUAUAAAUAUGCACAAGUUGUUUUUUUUUUAUAUCAACCCAAUUGGUCUCUGUUCCUGUAGGAAGAAGGUUGGAUAUUAUCACAGAUCUCAUUCAUAUUGUAAGAAUGAUGCUACAUUGAACUCGGCAUAGAGGGGGUUCUAGCAGCGCAGCCAUUAACGAAGUUGGUACCAGGAUAGGUUGGGUAAACACUGUGCCCGCCCUAUAUCCUUUUGUUACUAAUUUAGGCUCUGGUUAGUGUAGGAUCUAUAUAUGAUGUAGGCUUUUUGGUGUUGAAAAAUAUGGCGGAUUCUUUUUGUUGGAUGAA